AUGUCUCCUCAGCAGAGUACGUCCCCAAAAGAAGGCGACCCAGAAAAGGGAGACACGCCGGACCUAGAGGACGGGCGGACAGGUCGUUCCAAACACAUUACUUUUGAGCCCCCGACGGAUGCCGAUGGCCCUUCCAACCGUCGUGGCUCUGGUGAGUCUAUUAGACGACGUCGAUCCCGCUCUAGAAGCCGCCACUCCUUUAGCAGCUCUCGUGGAAAUGGCAACAAUAAUGUGACGGGCAUCCCCAUUGAAUUUCGAACGCUGUCGAUUCAGAUCACUGAGUCUCGCAAUAUCACGACUGAGGCCCUGAAGGAAGGACUAAGCUCUGGUCGUGCUAGUGUUCACAACGACAAAGAAUACUUCGAGAACAUCGACUUCCAUCUCCUUUCACGAGAUCGACUCUGCCAGCAAUUCAACGUCUCUUCUGACCAGGGCCUCAGCGACCAUGCCGCCAAAUCUCGCCUCCAGCGUGAUGGAAAGAACACAAUCCCUCGACGUCGUCCAAACUUUCUCAGAAAGAUUCUUGGUUACAUUUUUGGCGGUUUUUGUUCUGUGCUUUGGGUUGGUGUGAUCAUUUUCUUCAUCUGCUGGCAACCCCUGAGCAACCCACCGUCACCGCCCAACCUGGGAAUGGCGAUCCUUGUCCUUAUCGUCAUCUUCCUACAAGCAGGCUUUUCGGCUUUCCAAGAUUGGUCUACGAGCAGGGUAAUGAAUUCAAUCCUCGAUCUCCUGCCCUCCGAAGCUCAAGUUCUACGCGAUGGACAACUUAUCAGAAUUCCCGCUACCGAGCUUGUUGCUGGAGAUGUGGUUCAUAUAUCAAUUGGGAACAAGGUCCCUGCGGAUAUGCGACUUCUCUCCAGUUCGGGUGAUGUCCGGUUUGACCGAUCCGUUUUAACAGGUGAGUCGGACGAGAUCGAAGGAGCUGUUGAUGCAACAGACAAUAACUUCCUGGAGACGCGUAACGUCGCUUUCAUGGGCACUGGUGUCACAAAUGGAAGCGCUGUCGGUGUUGUCAUCCUAACUGGAGGUCGCUCAGUCAUGGGUCGGAUUGCCAACGUCACCGGGAAUGUUAAAGAGAGGCCAACUUUGAUUCAGAAGGAAAUCAGUCGAUUCGUCCGCAUUAUAGUUUGUUUGACUUGUGUCCUGGCUGCCCUGCUGUUAUUCAGCUGGGUAGGAUGGCUGAGAGUAAAACGACCGGAAUUCAUGAACGUCGUUGCAAUGCUGAACAAUGUCCUGGGUUGUGUUGUCGCCUUCAUUCCGGAAGGUAUGCCCGUUGGCGUCGCGCUCACGAUGAUGAUGAUUGCAUAUCGCAUGAAAUCUGCCAACAUCUUGCCCAAGGGUCUUUCUACCGUUGAGACAUUAGGAUGCGUCAAUGUCCUUUGCUCGGAUAAGACUGGUACUCUGACCCAGAAUAAAAUGGUAGUCAGAUCCCUUGCAUUCCUGGACAAAGAAUACAGUAUCGAUGAGCUGCACGACGCUGUACAGAAUGAAACCUCUGGCGGAGCCGUCACCGAGCUCCACAGAGGUUCGAUUCUUUGCAAUGAUGCCUUUUUUGACCCCACGACUAUCAACAAGCCUCUCGAUGACCGCAUUGUUAAUGGAAAUGCAACCGAUUGUGCUGUGUUGCGCUUUGCAGAAGCAGCAUCUCCCUCAAAACGAAUAAUCGACGGAAGUGACAGAGUCUUUCAGAUCCCAUUUAACUCCCAGAACAAGUGGAUGCUUACGCUGCACAAGACUAGGCUACCAAGUGGCGAACAGUCAAAAGAUACGGUGUCUGGAUUUGAGGUCUUUAUCAAAGGAGCACCCGAUGUCCUUGUAUCAAAGUGCACAUCGUACUGGUCAGCGACUCGGGACGAAAUUCUGCCCUUGGACGAAUCAGCAAAAGCAGAGCUAUCUGCUUUUCAGGAGAAAUUCUCAAGGAGAGCGGAGCGCGUGAUCCUCUUAUGCCAAAGACGCUAUACACCACAAGCCGCCAUCGGAUCAAAUUACUUUGGCGAUGAAAUCAAGGCUAACUGCGUGAAAGACCUGACAAUUGUAGGCAUGUACGGUAUUAUCGACCCGGCCCGCCCAGAAGCUGUGAAGACUGUUGCGUCGUGCCGCCGAGCGGGAAUUAGAUUCUUCAUGGUUACUGGUGAUUUUGGCUUGACAGCCACUGCAAUUGCUCGAGAUAUUGGUAUCUUCACUGGUAUUGCCGAGCCUGACAGAGCUCGGGACUUCAACCACGCGGAAAAAGAUGAGACCCAACCUCCCCCAACAUCGUCUUCUAAAAGCCUUCUAGUCGAAGGACCAGAGAUAUCGGCCCUUACACAGGCUGAUUGGGAUACAAUUUGCCAUUAUGAGGAAAUUGUGUUUGCGCGAACAACACCAGAGCAGAAACUCCGGAUUGUUGAGGAAUUCAGAGCUCGUGAUAACGUUGUUGCGGUGACUGGAGAUGGCGUAAACGAUGCUCCCGCGCUCCGAGCCGCAGAUGUUGGGGUUGCUGUCGUCUCUGGAAGUGACGUCGCUAUCGAAGCUGCUGAUCUGGUCCUCAUGGACAAAUUCGAUUCGAUUAUUGAAGCUGUCCGCUUGGGUCGUCUUGUGUUUCAAAACCUUCAGAAACUUAUCAGCUAUCUCCUUCCAGCAGGAAGUUGGUCAGAGAUUUGGCCAGUGCUGCUAAACCAAUUCAUUGGUGUGCCACUCCCUCUGAGUUCCUUCCUGAUGAUCAUCAUUUGCGUGUUCACGGAUCUCUUCCUCUCCCUUUCUUUGGUUAUGGAAAAGGAAGAGUUCGAUCUUCUCAGUCUUCCACCCCGCAAUCAUAAAAAGGAUCACCUUAUUAACUUAAAAAUAUACACCCAAUCAUACCUCUUCAUUGGCGUGAUGGAAACUGUCUGUGCCCAUUCUAUGUUCUUCCUAUACAUGUAUCGCAAGGCUGGCAUUCCCUUCCACUCUCUGGUGUUCGCAUAUGAGAACUAUAGGGAGGGAUUCUAUGGCUACACGACAGAGGAACUCGUACAUUUCAACAAUGUUGGGCAAUGCGUCUACUUUGUUACCCUGGUGGUGCUUCAGUGGGGAAACAUUUUGUCCAUUCGAAACAAGCGCCUUUCGAUCCUGGAAGCCGACCCAAUACGAGAAAAGCGCCGCAACCCAUGGCUUGCAGGUGCCAUUUUAGUUUCUCUCGUGAUCGCCAUCUUCGUCACUCAAGUUCCAGCUAUUAACCACCUCUUCAACACGGCUCCUGUUCCAAUUGAAUACUGGCUCUUGCCGAUUCCGCUUGCAUUUGGUAUCCUGCUCAUGGAUGAGCUGAGGAAAUUGCUUGUUCGGCUGUUUCCAAAGGGCCCGAUUGCUAAAAUUGCGUGGUAA